AUGGCAACACCGAUGACGAGGGAUGGUGACAAUGGCAACACCAAGGACAAUGGCAACACCAAUGACGAGGGAAGGCAUUGUCCUAAAGCUUCAUUUUCUGGGUACAGAGAGUUUUCUGGGUACAGAGAGUUUUGUGGGUACGGAGAGUUUUCUGGGUACAGAGAGUUUUCUGGGUACGGAGAGUUUUGUGGGUACGGAGAGCUUUCUGGGCACGGAGAGUUUUGUGGGUACGGAGAGGUUUCUGGGUACGGAGAGGGUUCUGGGUACGGGGAGGUUUCUGGGUACGGAGAGGUUUCUGGGUACGGAGAGCUUUCUGGGUACGGAGAGUUUUGUGGGUACGGAGAGUUUUGUGGGUACGGAGAGUUUUCUGGGUACAGAGAGUUUUGUGGGUACGGAGAGUUUUCUGGGUACAGAGAGUUUUGUGGGUACGGAGAGUUUUCUGGGUACAGAGAGUUCUCUGGGUACGGAGAGUUUUGUGGGUACAGAGAGUUUUCUGGGUACGAGAGUUUUGUGGGUACGGAGAGUUUUCUGGGUACAGAGAGUUCUCUGGGUACGGAGAGUUUUGUGGGUACAGAGAGUUUUCUGGGUACGAGAGUUUUGUGGGUACGGAGAGUUUUCUGGGUACGAGAGUUUUGUGGGUACGGAGAGUUUUCUGGGUACGAGAGUUUUGUGGGUACGGAGAGUUUUCUGGGUACAGAGAGUUCUCUGGGUACGGAGAGUUUUGUGGGUACAGAGAGUUUUCUGGGUACGAGAGUUUUGUGGGUACGGAGAGUUUUCUGGGUACGAGAGUUUUGUGGGUACGGAGAGUUUUCUGGGUACAGAGAGUUUUGUGGGUACGGAGAGUUUUCUGGGUACGAGAGUUUUGUGGGUACGGAGAGUUUUCUGGGUACGAGAGUUUUGUGGGUACGGAGAGUUUUCUGGGUACGGAGAGUUUUGUGGGUACAGAGAGUUUUCUGGGUACGAGAGUUUUGUGGGUACGGAGAGUUUUCUGGGUACAGAGAGUUUUCUGGGUACGGAGAGUUUUGUGGGUACGGGGAGUUUUCUGGGUACGGAGAGUUUUCUGGGUACGGAGAGUUUUCUGGGUACGGAGAGUUUUCUGGGUACGGAGAGCUUUCUGGGUACGGAGAGGUUUCUGGGUACGGAGAGUUUUGUGGGUACGGAGAGUUUUGUGGGUACGGAGAGCUCCGUAUCUAUAACGCGGAGAGUAUAAAGGGAGGAGUCCCCCUAGGCUAG